AUGUGUCUGAAAUUAUCUGUGCUCCUGCUGGGUCUCAGCAUCAACUAUACGUUGGCUCGCAGACUGCCGACAACCCUUAAAACAAGUGAGAAGAUUCAGAAGCUCCACAGCGAAAGCCUGGUUCUGGCUGAAGUACACCAGGACACGUCGACAAAAUGCUUCAGUUUCUACAAUCCGCAAUUGAACCUAAUAACGGUACAGUACGAAGUCGACUACGAUAGCUGCAUCAGCGCCUAUGAAACAUCAAACAAAAAUGUUGAAAAUUGCUAUAAGUCUGAGCGCGAGAGCAUAGAGAAUAGUGCCUUCCAGUCCUGUAGCGCUUUAUAUGCUUGCAAUCUGGCCUCGAAUGCCUACAAUGCGUUCGAGUGUGCCUCAAUUACGGCUGCUGACGAUGCCAAGAUCUUUUAUGCAAUUUCUGCCAACGCCACGGAUGCUGCUAUCAAGAGCAAGUCGGACUAUUCGCGAGUUGAUACUACCAGGAAUGUUUGCGUUAGCAAUGCGGAAAGGAACUAUGUCGAGAACACGUCUAGGGUCUAUGGCCUAUUAAAUAGUUGCCUAUUGGGCAACGAUAAUAUUCCAGUAACCCCUCCAUUAUCCACUGAGCCCACAACAACAGAGUUUACAACUCGGUCAGAAUAUGAUGAAUAG